AUGUGGCAGUUCACUUCUUCAAUACCUGUGGUUCAUAAGCACCACGAAAAUGCUCACGGUCCGCCGGCAUCGACUCAUGGGGGCGGUGGUGCAGGUGAGGAGGCGGGGAAGGGCUCCGAGACGGCUGCUAACGAGGAGGACACCGGGUCAAUUCUGAACUGUGCGAUUGCCGGGGGUCUCGGAGGCGGCAUUGGUGACACUGCAAUGCAUUCUCUCGACACGGUCAAGACCCGGCAACAGGGUGCGCCGAGCAACGGCAAGUACAGAAGCAUGUUGAGUGCGUACCGAACUAUAUUCGUGGAGGAGGGAGUACGAAGGGGUUUGUAUGGGGGUUACUGUGCCGCGAUGCUGGGAUCGCUCCCCAGUGCGGCUUUGUUCUUUAGUACUUAUGAAUAUUCCAAGAAGAAAAUGAUAGACGAUUGGCAGAUCAACGAGACGGCAACACACCUGACCGCGGGCUUCCUUGGCGAUCUUGUGUCGAGCGUUGUUUAUGUUCCCUCCGAGGUCUUGAAGACGAGGUUGCAAUUGCAGGGCAGAUUCAACAAUCCGUAUUUUGAUUCAGGCUACAACUACAGAAAUCUACGAGAUACGGUAAAAACGGUUAUCAAAACCGAGGGAGUGGGGGCUUUGCUCUUUGGGUAUAAGGCCACUUUGGCCCGAGACCUGCCCUUCAGUGCUCUGCAGUUCGCAUUCUACGAAAAAUUCAGACAGUGGGCGUUCAGAAUAGAGGGCAAGGACACGGGGCUCGACGACUUGUCGCUCGUCAGCGAGAUCUACACGGGGGCUUGCGCCGGCGGACUGGCAGGUGUCUUGACAACCCCUUUGGACGUUAUCAAGACUCGGGUACAGACACAGCAGCCGUCAAACGACUUUUCAAAGUCACGCACCCAUGCGGUGAAGCUGUCUGGCUCGCUCUUUGGGAGUCUGAAGACAGUCUAUAAUUCUGAAGGGUUUCUUGGGUUUUUCAGCGGCGUAGGGCCGCGAUUCGUCUGGACAAGUGUUCAAAGCAGUAUCAUGCUUCUUUUGUACCAAAUGUCGUUACGUGCUCUAAACAAUUCGUCUUCGAAGCUGCUGAGAUGA